AUGUCCAGUCCCAGAUGUUUCAAUUUUUCUCUAGAAUCCCAAUUAAAAUUAUUUAUCAUUUUUUGUAUUGUUUUUGUGGGUGUUGUAAAUAGUAACAGCUUGUGCAAGGACAAGAAAAGUUGCGAUGAAUAUGAGAGCGAGGGUAAGGACGAAGAGAGAAAACUAAACAUCGAAGAUGUCGAGAGCAGAGUUUCUAGGCUGGAGCGACGCUUACGGGCAAUGGAACAACCAGUUUGGCAAAUUCGGGGCUGGCCGGAGGACUGGGAAGUUUGUGUAGAAGGUCCUUGUAAGUGCAGACCGGAAACAAAGUCCAUUUCUUGCUGGCGUUAUGGUCUAUUUGACGUUCCGGCUGGCCAACUUGUUCCACAGGAUAUAAUUAAAUUGGACCUUGGGAGCAAUCAGUUGACGGCUUUGCAUAGGGAUACAGACUUGAGUAAUAAUAUGAUCGAACAUUUGCCAUUAAAUUCAUUCUACUCCCUCUACAGUAUCACCCACUUACGAUUCAGUAAAAAUUUACUCCGUGAUCUUCAUCAGAAUUUAUUUUUACGCAUGCGUUAUCUCGAGAUUGUAGAUUUAUCUUCAAAUAAAUUGCAAACAUUACCGGAAGGUUUGUUCGUCGCGAACACAGCCCUCCUUCUACUAGACAUCUCUUCCAACAAAAUAUCAGAACUACCCACAGACAUUUUCUUCAAUCUCAAAGAGCUCGAAGAUCUCUUGCUUUCAAAGAACCAAUUAUCUCACCUCGAUAAGAAUAUCUUCAAGGACUUGAUAAACUUAAAGUGCCUCAAAUUGGAGGAAAACCACCUUCGCGAGCUCCAAAUUGGGCUCUUUGACUCGCUUGGAAAUUUGAUUGAACUGAUCCUUAGGGAUAAUCAAAUAAAAGUUAUCCCUGCGGAUUUAUUCAUAAAUUUGGAGGCUCUAACUACUUUGGAUCUAUCUAAUAAUUUGAUAAGUCAAGUAAUCAUCUCCUUUUUUUUUAAUCAAUUAGUAUUUAGAAAUUCUAAUUGGAUCUUGAAUUCCCAGUUAAACAAAGAAGCUUUCACUGGACUGAAAGCGUUGAAAGAAUUGAGGUUAGGCAAAAAUCAUAUAAAAGUCCUUCCAAAAGGUAUAUUUCUUCAGACACCUGCAUUACAGCAAUUGGUACUUUACGGCAAUGCUUUAGAAAAAUUAUCCGACGGAGACUUUCAAGGACUGGGAAAUUUAACAUCUUUAUUUCUUCAUUCAAACCGAAUUCGUCGUCUGCAGUCAGAUGUUUUAAAAGAUACUCCUUUUUUGAAAAAACUACAGUUAGAAAGCAAUCAGCUGUCUUACGUGCCUGGCCGUUUUUUAGAUAGCGUACCAAUGAUUCAGCAGUUACGGCUCUCCCGUAAUCCUUGGCAUUGUGAUUGCGAAGUUGCUUAUCUCGCAAUGUGGCUCAGAAAGAUGUACUUCGCCCGGAAUAAUCACAAUAUUAAUUCUAAUAAUCACAAUACUAAUGAUAACAAU